AUGAGCUCCACGGAGGCUUCAGAUGAUGAAGUUGGAGGCGAACAAUACAAGUGGGAGAAGCUGCUGAAGCACCGGUUCAACGACGAGAGCGGCGUAUACGAAUACUACACAAAAUGGGAGGGAUAUCCCUCGUCGGAGAAUACAUGGCAAACCGCCGUCUCUUUUAGCUCCGUUGAUGCUGUCAAGGGCUAUUGGGAGCGCAUCGAAGACAAAGUCGAAGAUAGACUCAAGAACUGCCACCCGAACAAGCGGAACCAUUUUAUGGAGCUGCACGCCGAAGUCAAGAAGGCCAUGGAAGUGGAUGUCUGGCCGCGCUGGGAGCUGGAAACGACGCUAGAAAGCCAGGAGGAUGAUGAGGGAUCGACAGAAAAGGAGGACGAGGAUGAAGUGAGGAGGCAAGCCAAGGCCAAGAAGAAAGCCGAAAACGAAGCCGGCGGAAAGUCACGACGAGACGAUGAAGCGGGACCUUCGACCAAGAAACAAGACAAAGAAAAGAAGAAAGCUCGCAAACAACCUGAAGUUGAUGAGGCGGCCGCAAAGAAAAUGAAGGACAGUGCGUUGUGGAAGGAGCGACAAGCGCAAGACGAGGCCUGGCAAGAGGAAAAUAGGAAAAAGCAGGCUCUUGAAGUGUCGAAAGCGCGAGAAGUCUUUAAAAAGGCUGACGGCGAUAAGAAAAAGCUUACGACCCCCGAGAAGCAAAAGAAGGACGGCGAUAAGAAAAAGCUCACAACUCCCGAAAAGCUGGCCGAGCAAGCGAAGAAGCAACAGGAAGCGGAGGAGGAGCAAAAACGGAUCGAGGAAAGACGCAAGCGUAAGAAGGAGAAGAAAAAGGCCAGGAAGGAAGCGCAACGGCAAAAACGGGUGCAAGAACAAGGGCUCAAGAUCAAGAUCAAGCGGUCGACCAUCGAGCCGCAGCUUGAGGCCCAGGAUGUCGAGAUGGAAUCAAUCCCGCCCGCACAAGCCGCCACUCCCGGUCCUUCUGGUGACCAGCCUGAUCCGCCGAGGGAACCCUCGCCGGAUCCGCCGGCAGUCAAGCGCGCACGCCGCAGCCCGUCAGCCACUCCGAUGCUCGAAAUCGUCGAGGCUUCGCCGGAAGAGAUGCCAGACCCGCCGCAGAAGGACGUCGAAGAGCCGCAACAAGCUGCCCAAGAAGAAGCGCCGGUGGAGACGUCCAAGUUCGGGGGCUGGAUUCCUAACAUCAUGGAAUUUCUGGCUUGGGAAAAGGUUGACCCCAACAAGCCGCCACCGAAACCCUACAAACGCAUCGACCCAAAAACGCUGGGCCUCGACCCGGAUCUGCUGUUAGAGGACGAGGAGGAAGACAACAAGCCCUAUAACUGUCGCACCGUCGUCUCGGUCCGCCAUCGUGAUCUGCUGAUUAGUCGACGACUAUGGUCAACUCUCCCCGACCUGCCCGUCCCCGAGCCUGGCGAGACGUUGAUCACAAAGUGGGAUUCUUGCGGCAUCGCGCUGGGCUAUGAGCCGUCAUUCAUCAAGCGCAUCGCGCGCGCUGAGCUCGGCCCGUUCGUUACCGUCGAAUACCGCGAUCGCCAAGACGUGCAGCUGAUCCCCGCCGAGUUCCUGCUCAUGACACGCCCCGAUCUCCACUAUCAAGUCAAGCAGCGCCUCAAGACCCUCCCGGCCACCGUCAACACGCUGGCCACCGAGAUUCAAUGGCGGUUGCCCGGCCUUGAAUUGCUAAAAUUU